AAAAGCAAGUCCAACUAAAUCACUAUACAAACUCUUUAAUAAUCCACUGUGAAGAGCCUGUGACAGAGCGUAGGUCACCUGUGGUUGCACUGUUAUUGCAGACUGUCAAGUAGCCGCACCGACGCCGCGCCCGGAUCUGUUGAAACAAGAUGGCGACUCGAAUGAUCAGGUUCGCUUUCGGCGAAAAUGCUUUGGUUUUUCACAGUUGCAGAGUGGCAGACGUUAGGUUCUAAUUUAAUUCAUCGGUAGUUAGGAGAGUAGUGAACCCAGAUCGUCAAUAAUUUGAUUGAUGCGAACAGAAUGUUGUCCAACUGCGCUGUACGUCCCCUACGCCGAAGUCUUGCUUCAAAUCAUCCGACAUGUUUUAAAUAUCUGCGUUCUUGUAUACUUUCUUUUUCACGUUCACUUUGCAUCACCCGUUCAAUGGAAGCAUGGACUAUUGACGAAUAUGGUUCCAACGACGUUUUAGAACUGAGAAAUGUACCACUACCCAAGCUUCAAAGACCAACAGAUAUCUUAAUACGUGUACGCGCUGCUUCUGUGAAUCCAAUAGACUACAGAAUGCGAAGUGGUUACGGUCAAACUUUGUUAAAUUUAUGGCGUAAGGCUGAAAAGGUGGACGAAUUUCCGCUGAUCUUAGGAAGAGAUUUCUCCGGGGAAGUGUUGAAAACAGGAAGGUUGGCCAGACGAUUUCAAAAAGGGGAUGAGGUUUGGGGAACUCCAAGUGUAAUUUCUGGAGGGACACAUGCUGAAUUUGUAGUUGCCAGCCAAGAUGAGAUCUCCAUGAAACCUUUGACCUGGACCCACCAAGAAGCAGCAUCUCUACCAUAUGUAGCAUGCACAGUGUGGACAGCUCUGGUCAGCAGAGCAGGCCUUAAACCAAACGAGUGCCACAAAAAAAGUGUUCUUGUCCUUGGUGGUUCAGGUGGAAUAGGAAGCUUUGCCAUACAGCUGUUAAAGGCCUGGGGGGCAUACGUUGUAAGCACUUGUUCCAGUGAUGCUGUUGAGCUUGUGGCUGGUCUUGGGGCAGAUCAUGUAGUUGAUUACACUGCAUCUAACUUAGAAGAUGAACUGAAAAUGGCUGGAAGUUUUGAUGUAGUUCUUGAUCCUUUUGGAGAUGUGGGCAGACAGUAUGCCAGACUGCUUUCAAAUUGGAAAGGAUCGGUUUUUGUGACACUAGCCCCACCUGUCCUGAACAAUACUGAUAAACUAGGUACUGGUCUAGGACUCCUGUCUGCAGGGCAAAAUUUAGCAUCAACUGCUAUUCCAGAGGCACUAUGCUAUGGAAAUUUAGUUUCUUGGGGUUUCUUUAGUCCAAAUGGUCCAGCACUGGAUCACAUCUGCUCACUGUGUCUGUCUGGGAUGAUGAAGCCUGUUGUUCAAGAAGUGUUCCCAUUUUCGAAGACAAAAGAAGCUUAUGCAAAACUAGAAGGUGGACAUGCCAGAGGAAAGAUAGUCAUAAAUAUGGAUUCUAUUGAUACAACAGGAAACAAAACUUGAGUUUGAUUUUCACAAAACUGCUUUCUUAAGCUGUCAUUUAGGAUUUGAGUGAAGGACGAGGUCUACAUUCAAGUUAAUCAGUAAAUCAAAACCACUUUUUCCCACAAGUUUAUGAAUUUUUUAUUAUUAGAAAGUCUUCAGUUCAUGUGUUAUGUACUUCAUCUUUGGUGUCAAGAUGUUUCAAUUAAAAAUAAAGAGAAGUUAAACACCUCA